AUGCCUCCUAAGAAGACGAAGGCCGUCAAGGCUGAGAAGGCUGUCGAGCAGCAGGCUCCAGUGCAACCGGCAACUUCUGCGCCUAAGCCUGUUGAAGUCCCGGCACCGGCACCGACGACGUCGAAACCAGCCCCUGUUAAACCUCCAGUAUCCGUCCAAGAGGUCACCAAGAGCCUCCUCGACUUUCAUCUAAUCACCGACGAGGACGUGCUAUUCGAACAGGAUAUCCAGCGAGAUAAGGAGCCCGAUGUCAAGACAUGGCUGCAGUAUAUCAAUCACAAGAAGAAGAAUGGGAAGCUGGCGGAGUUGGUGUUUGUCUUCGAACGGGCCAUUAAGGAAAUGCCUAGAUCGUACAAGAUAUGGAAGAUGUACCUCGAUAUCCGCGUAAAACACGUCGAAGGCCUCAAUCCCUCCAAAUAUGCCGCCGAAUAUGACAAAGUAAACGAUUGCUAUGAAAGCUCCCUCGUCCUGCUCAACAAAAUGCCCCGCAUCUGGACAGAUUACCUCACUUUUCUGCUCAAACAAUGCAAAGUCACACAUACCCGCCACACCUUCGAUCGCGCUCUCCGUGCGUUACCAAUUAGUCAACAUAAUAGGAUAUGGGAACUCUACAUACCCUUUGCGAACUCAGCGUCCGGCGAUACUGCGGUAAAAAUUUGGAGACGGUAUAUGCAGGGCCACCCAGAAGAUGCGGAGGAGUUUAUUGAACUGCUACAAGAGGUUGGGUAUUAUACCGAGGCCGCACAGAAAUAUAUUGAUAUCCUCAACAACCCGAAGUUCAAAAGCAAAGCGGGGAAGAGCAAUUUCCAGCUGUGGAUGGAGUUGUGUGAAUUGCUGGAGCACCAUGCUAGGGAUAUUCAGGGCCUACGAGUGGAAGAUAUCAUUCGGAGUGGGAUCAAGAGGUUUGAGGAUCAAAGAGGGAAACUGUGGACAUGUUUGGCGAAUUACUGGACGAACAUGGGCGAUUUCCAUAAUGCGAGGGAUGCGUACGAGGAAGGGAUUACCACUGUCAUGACAGUACGGGAUUUCACUCAGAUUUUCGAUACCUAUGUCGAAUUUGAAGAAACAAUCGUCGCGGCGGAAAUGGAGGCUGCCGCUGAACGACAAGCAGCAGGGACGGUAGAUGCUGAAGCCGAUCGGGCAUUGGAUAAUAUGAUGAUGAGGUUCGAAUACCUAAUGGACAGACGGCCUUUCCUCGUCAACGAUGUGCUGCUACGACAAAAUCCAAACAAUGUCAUGGAGUGGGAGAAGAGGGUUGCAUUGUGGGGGGACAACAAGAAGGAGGUAGUGCAGACCUAUACUGAUGCAAUUGCGGCGAUACAACCGAAGAAAGCGGUAGGCAAGUUCAGCGACCUAUGGACUAAAUACGCCAAGUUCUACGAAGAAGGCGGCGACUUAAAUACAGCAAGGAUGAUCAUGGAAAAAGCAGUCAAGGUUCCAUUCAAGACAGUUCAGGAACUCGCAGAAAUGUGGGUUGAAUGGGCAGAGAUGGAACUGAGAAAUGAAAAUUUCGACCAGGCUAUGGAUAUCAUGGCGAAGGCCACGGCUGCACCUAAGGGAUCUAGGGUGGAUUACUUUGACGAGACACUCACGCCGCAACAGAGAGUGCACAAGAGCUGGAAACUAUGGAGUUUCUAUGUUGAUUUGGUAGAGAGCGUGGGGACGCUGGCGGAGACGAAAGCAAUUUAUGAGCAGAUAUUCGAAUUGAAAAUCGCUACGCCACAGACUAUCGUCAACUAUGCGAACUUGCUGGAGGAGAAUAAGUACUUCGAGGAAUCUUUCAAGGUAUACGAACGAGGCCUCGAUCUCUUCAGCUAUCCAACGGCCUUUGAAAUCUGGAACUUGUACCUCAAAAAGGCUAUGGACCGCAAGAUCAAUCUCGAACGCUUGCGAGACCUAUUCGAACAGUCUCUCGAAAACUGCCCCCCGAAGUUCGCAAAGGUGUUAUAUAUCAUGUACGGCCAACUAGAAGAAGAGCGGGGUCUCGCCCGACAUGCAAUGAGGAUAUACGAACGUGCGACCCGAGCAGUUGCCGAUGAAGACCGCUUCGAGAUGUACGAAAUGUAUAUAAUGAAAUCCGCCAGCAAUUUCGGCCUCACAUCCACCCGACCAAUCUACGAACGCGCCAUCGAGGUCCUGCCGGAUGCGGAAGUCAAGAGCAUGUGCCUCAAAUUCGCGGAGAUGGAACGAAGGCUUGGAGAAAUCGACCGUGCAAGAGCUAUCUACGGUCAUGCUAGUCAAUUCUGUGACCCGCGUGUUGCGCCAGAGUUUUGGGAGAAAUGGGAGAAGUUUGAGGUACAACAUGGAAAUGAAGAUACCUUCAAGGAGAUGCUGCGGAUCAAGAGAAGCGUGCAGGCGCAGUACAACACCGACGUCAAUUUCAUUGCUGCGCAGGCGGUUGCCCGUGGUAAAGAAGCAAAGGGUGCUGGGGCGCCACUCGAUGAGACGGAUGGGAAUGCUAACGGGACCAAAGACGCCAUGCAAGCCUUGGAUAGAGAGCUUCGGGCACCGAUGGGCUUUGUGGCAGCGAAGAGCGGUGGAGUUGUUGGCGGACAAGGCGCACCGAAGCCGCAGAUUACUCUCCAAGCUACGGCCAAUCCCGAUGCCAUCGAUAUCGAUAUGGAUGAGUAA